AUGAAGAACAUGUUUUCAAAAAUAGAGGAGAAACACACACCGGUGAUGGCUCCAUCAUGGCUGUGGAAGAAGAAGCUGCUGCGCUUCUCAAUCGCCUUGCUGCUCGUGGGCGCUUUUUCCUUCUAUCUAUGGCCCCAAGUCGGACCUCUGCCCGUGGAAACCACCGAUGUCAUCCACAACAUCACCAUCACUUCGGAUGUCAAAUGCGAACCCGACUUUGAUCUCCUGCGCCGUCUGGAUAUUCAUAAACUGGCUCAGUAUGAGCGACGCGAGAUGAUUGCCGCGUCAGCCGCGGAGACGAACCUGCCAACGAGGCAGCGCCUCGAUAUUCCUUUGAUGCAGCAACAGCAGCAACACAUCUCAAACAGCCAUGGUCAAACUCUAGAUUCGCAGUCGCAGGAUGAUUGCUACAUCACUCCUCCCAUCACUGUGCCCGUCCCCCCUCGACCGGCGAAUGUGGACGCAUCACAUAUCGACUUCGGCGUCGCCACUACACUAGGACGGUUGAACGACUCGCUGGAUGCCUUCGCUCACUGGGCGGGUUAUACUAGAACGCGCAUCUUCGCUCUGAUCGAACCAGCCAAAGGAGUUGAGGAAGUUCGGGCCAAGGCGGACAGCCUAGGGAUCAAUCUGUUGGUGACUGAGUCUGGGGAAGAAUAUCAGACACGGUAUUUUUCGCUGGUGGCGCACCUGGCCAAGAACAUGCGGUCGCAGACGCGGUGGGCCUGCGUAAUCGAUGACGAUACCUUUUUCCCCUCCAUAACGGCGCUGGUCGAUGCGCUGGCUCGGUAUGAUGAUCGGAAGCCCCAAUACAUUGGAGGCGUUUCGGAAAGUCUUCCGCAGAUCGGUCUCUUCGGCCUGAUGGGAUUCGGUGGCGCGGGUGUCUUCUUGUCCCGACCGCUGGUGACGGAGAUGAGCGACCCUGAAGUUAUCAAAGCGUGCCAGGAAAUGCCACACACCGGCGAUCGGAGGAUCUCCAUGUGCAUCUACCAGUACACCGAAACGCGGUUGACAGUUGAUUACCGCUUGCAUCAGCUGGACAUGCGCGGCGACGUGUCGGGCUUCUUCGAGGCCGGGCGCGAACCCCCGCUCUCCGUCCACCACUGGAAGUCGUGGUUCCAGGCCGACAUGGCCCAACUGACCACUAUCACGAACCUCUGCGGCGACAGUUGCUUCCUCCGGCAGUGGCAGUUCGCCGACGGCUGGCUCCUUACCAACGGCUUCUCUAUUGUCAAGUACAGCACUGAGCACGACCUGAACGACCGGACCAUGGAGGUUUCUUGGGGCGGCGACCACGGCGCUGUCGACGAGUCGUACCUGCACACACUGGGACCCCUCCGCCCCAAGGACACGGGCAAGAUCAGUUACCUACUGGAAGACUCGCUGUUCAACGGCGAGCAGGUGCGCCAGUGGUUCGUUCAUCGUGACUCCGAGAAGGGAGACCGCAUUCUCGAAUUGAUUUGGAAGAACGCCUGA